AUGGUUUAUAUUAUGGAAAUCUUCACCGACGGCGGUUGCAGAGGCAAUGGAAGAUCUUGGGCGAUAGGUGCCGCUGCCGCCGUUUUCAAGAGCAAAUAUGGAAAAACCAGGGGUCACUACAGAUGCCUACCCGACUAUCCCACACCAACAAACCAGCGAGCCGAAAUCACAGCCAUCAUCCUGGCACUGGAGCUAGCCUUGGAAAAGUAUGAUGCCCUGGACACGAACCCGUAUCUCAAACUCAAGAUCUAUUCGGAUUCUAGAUAUGCGAUUGGCUGUAUGACGGAAUGGAUUUACAAGUGGUGCGAAAACGGAUGGAUCAAUGCUGCAGGCUACGAGGUCGCCAACCGAGAUCUGAUCGAAGAGGCCUCCGACCUUGAUGACAGGUUGAAAGAGUUGGGGACCGUGAGCUACAUCUGGAUUCCAAGGUAUGAGAAUGAAGACGCUGACGAUCUAUGCAAUCGAGCCAUGGACAACCAAUGA